GGCUGCCCGUCCAGUGUGUAGGAGCUAUUAGCAGAGUGACACAGCUGCCUUACAGAACCAGAGGCAAUUUCAAGAAACCUGUGGAGUACUCUUUCAUAGCUGAAUCUCAUCCAGCUGAAUUACCAGAGAAUUACAGGAGUCAAGAUGAAAUUGAUCUUCCAGUCCUUCCUCUAUUGCUGCCUGCUGGCGACAGUAGCACACUGUGUGGAACUUGAAGUGAAUCCGCAGUUGAAAAAAAGGCUAAGCCUAUGGCUGGGAAGCAGAUUGAGACGGGAUGUUGACAGUGUAUCAGUAGAGAGGACAGCAGAGUCUGAGCACUUUGUCAGACCAGAAGAUAUCAGGGAUACUUUGCUGCCACAUUCCAGCACUGACAUCAAUGUCCGCACCAAGAGGUCGAAAAACUCAGCCAACCAGUCAAGGAGACAGGGUUGUUCGCUGGGCACCUGCACAGUGCAUGACCUGGCACACCGCCUGCACCAGCUCAACAACAAGCUUAAGAUCGGGAGUGCCCCUCUUGAAAAGAUCAGCCCACAGGGAUACGGCCGGAGGCGUCGAUCUCUUCCAGCGCGCAGGCUCACACUGAGGCUGCAGAAGAACAGGCUGAGGCCCGAGUGGAGACUAACUGACUCACAAGUCCACAAGCUUGAAGCUCUCCUCAGACGGACAUGAGCGGGGUCUGCAAGAGGAGUUGGGAACAAAAGCUAGGGAGUAGCUGAGAGUUAGUGUCCUCUCUGCUCUGUUCUAAAAUUCUCGAAAUGCCUGAGACUCUCCCGCCAAGUAUUCUCCAGCACAUUUUUUCCAGGCAUGAGGACUGAGUCAGAGCAAGACUGGCUACACUGAGUUUCUCUAAAGGCCGAGCCGUGCAGCUCAGCAAUGUAGAGCGUGCAAACAACUGCAGCUAGCUUAAAGACACUGGAUGGCACAGCGUGGAGAAAACUACAGGUGCUGCUCUCUGCUCGGCAGAGGGAAAGGAAGAGUGCUAAUACCUGACAAAGUGCACACAUCCUCUGGCUUAAAGAGGGAACUCUCUUCUAACAUUCUGGGACUCCACACACUUAUUCCUCAAGGCCAGGACUUUGAUAAGUGCUAUCCUCUAAGGAUUAUACCACCAUGUUCCAAACUGUCUGCACUUUUCCAUUUGGACUUUAAGUCAAAUGAAUCAUCAGGAAAAGACAUCUUCAUCACAAUGCCAAACAGGAAGAUAGGCUACAGAGCUCUGAAGCUCUCAGUUUAUAUAAAGUUUUGGACACUGUAUAAGGGAAAAUGCCUUAGAUUCUGUGAGAUAUGUGCCAGUCCACAAUGGAUUGAAAUAUACUUGAAAUUGUUAUUGUUUGUACAAAAACAUGUGCAAUCUAUAUUUGUUUUUAUUGCAGGUAUAUGUAUAUAAGAAUUCCUUUAUUUAAAUAUUAUAUAGAGGUUACAUUAAAGUACUUAUGCAGAUAGAACUAUUUUUGUACAGGAGGAAAUAUAUAUGGGCAUUGUAGCUAUUUGUCAUUAUUCUUUUGCAAACUGUGGUAAUAGGAUAUCUGUUUUAUAGGUAUUAUAUAUUUGUAAAUGUGUUCUAUUUUAUUUGUGUCAAAGCAAUAACAUUGUCAUUCAAUAAACAUUUUGCAUACAAAUCUA